AUGCCUGUUGUAACAUUCUUGGACUACAUCCUUGGACCUCUGAUUGUCAACCCUGGAUACCGGAAAGCAUUUGACGAUAAUUACAUCGACCGGAUAUCUCGUUACUACACUAUAAUAUUUCUAUUGUUUUUUAAUAUAUACGUGGUUACUGAGGAAUACGUGGGAGAACCGAUAUACUGUUGGUGUCCACCAGAAUUCACAGACAAUGAAGUCUACUACACAGAAAAUGUAUGCUGGGUAUCCAACACAUAUUACAUUCCUUUUACUAAAACGAUCCCUCCGAACUACCAGGCGCGUAAAGAUGAAUCGAUAGACAUCACAUAUUACCAAUGGGUGCCCUUAGCGUUGUUUUUGAUGGCCUUGCUCUGCUAUAUCCCACGUUUCAUAUGGAGAUACGCAACGGCAAUGGCUGGUCUCGAUUUGAAAAAGUUCUGCAUCAUUGCUAAGCAUCUCCGACAUGAAACCACGGAAGAGAGAGAAAAGCGCCUGCGCAAUAUGGCUACAUAUAUGGAUGUUUGGUGUACUGGAAUCAAUCGUUACAGAUCAGGAUUGUAUGCCCCUAUUAGGGAAAGACUAAGUCAGUAUUGUUCCUUGGGGUGUGGAAGACAUUUCGGAACCUUUUAUAUUAGUUUAAUGACUUUCAUACGAUUCCUAUACUUUGUUAACGCGUUUGGACAGCUCUUCUUCUUGAAUGAAUUUCUUGGUAAUAAAUUCUAUGUGUACGGCUAUGAGGUCAUUCAAGCCUUCCUACAGGGUAAAGACUGGACAAUGUCACCAAGGUUCCCACGGGUCACAUUGUGUGAUGUGGAAUUUCGCCAGCUAAGUAACGUACAACGUUAUACUCUACAAUGUGUGCUGCCUAUCAAUUUGUAUAACGAAAAAAUAUUUUUGACUUUGUGGUUUUGGUUUCUUGGCGUCUCUAUAUUAGCGCUUAUUAACUUGUGUUGUACCAUUGCUAUAUUUCUCAUCCCAUCUUUCAACGAAAGUUUCAUAAAAAAGUAUUUAAAAAUGCAAGGAGUUUAUGGUACCUCGAUGUGUUCAAAGAAAUUGACUUAUAAAUUCAUUCACCGCUAUUUACGACAAGACGGAGUGUAUGUCCUCAAAGAACUUUCCGCAAACGCAAACACUGCGAUUUUACAGGAACUGUUCGGCUAUAUUUGGGAAUGUUUUAUAGAGAGAGAAAAGCGGAACGAAUUCGUUCCAGUGUACCAGUACAAGCCGACGAAUCCAUCAUACCGUAACAUGUCGUUGAUAUCGCUGCGCACUGCACCCCUUAGACAAGGAACUCCGCUCAUAGUAAGUAACGGCACGCUCCGUCACAUCAGCGAGGAAGACCUUGACAUUGAAGAACACGGAACGGAAACUUUCGUAUAA